CAUCUUUCUCUUGCAUCUCAGUCUGCUUUUCAUUUCUCAAGAUACCCAUCUGCUCGUUCUUUGAAUAAAUCAGCUAUUCAACUUGCUAUACCAUACCUUCCGUUCACAUACAAAUCAUAUCACAUCUCUUCACAAUGGCGAACUCACGUCUCUACACACCAAAACCUAUCACGGAUAUCUUCACUGCAGACACCGAUAUCAACCGUCGCAACUGCCGCCGUACAGUACCUAUGAAAGUUCUCAUUCUCGGUCUGGGUAGAACCGGAACUGCAUCAAUGAGAGCCGCAAUGCGCGAAUUGGGCUACGUAGACACCUACCACAUGAUGUCAGCCAGUAUCGAGAAUCCUCCCGACUGUCUCCUCUGGCGCGAUGCAUUCGAUGCGAAAUACCACAACGGCCCCGCCUUCACCCGCGCAGACUGGGAUCAGCUCCUCGGCCACUGCCAAGCUGUUUGCGAUUGGCCUGCCGUUGCCUUCGCUCCCGAACUCAUCGCCGCGUACCCAGAAGCUAAAAUCAUCCUCACCAACCGCGACGUCGAUUCCUGGCACGCAUCUACUCUCAAGACUGUCAAUUGGCGCGUCAAGGAUUGGGAGCUUGAGAGGUUGAAGGGCUGGAGUUGGGCCGCCAGCAUGUAUAAACCUAUGUUGCAGGAAUUCUUCGAUUGUUUCUUCAAGGGCGAUUUUGAGAACCAGGGAAAACAAAUCUACACCGAACAUUAUGAGAAUGUCAGGAAUAUCGUCAAGGCUAUGGGUCCAGCUGGCGAGGGAAGAUUAUUGGAAUAUAAGAUCACCGACGGAUGGGAGAAUUUGUGCGAGUUCCUGGGAGAGGCAGUUCCUAAGGAUCGACCAUUCCCAAGGGUUAAUGAUAACAAUGAUUUCAUUGAUCGUUCGAGGUGGAGAAACAGGUGUCAAUUGAUGAACGUCUUGUUUAGAUACUUCUGCAUUGUGGUUGGGUGCGGAAUCGCAUAUGUUUGUUUGAUGCGGAUCUGGAACAUGUUGUAAAAGAAGAGGGAUGAUGGAGGGGUAGCGGAGAGACUUCGGAAAAGAAGAUAGGAGCUACGAACGGGUGAAAAAAUUGGGAUUGGGAAAACGGCUUGUAUAUCUUCACAUCAAGCAUCAUCAUUGGGGUUUUGGGUUCUGGCUAGAACAAUGUACAUACAGUACAGGCUUGCAUAUGGUAUAUUCUAGCUUUCUAUUUUGUUGGGUGAUUUAUUUGGAUUCUGUAUAUAAGUGGUAGCAUACAUAUAUCCCACCUUUCGAGGACGUUUUGAAUUU